AUGGAUGAUAGCAUGAUACUUGACCCGAUGGCAACUCACCAAGUUUCGGUCAUGCCACCACGCGACCCAACACCCACCGAAAUCUAUCUGGACGAAGACCCCAAGAACCUUGCACACGACAUCUCAAACACCGCCGCAUCCCCUACUCUUGACACGGCUGGAAUGGACUCCAUACCAAUGCAACUCAGCAUCCAUACACAUACGACUGCCCUCGAGACCAACGCCCAAAUCCCUUUCGGGGCUGUAGCUGAAGCCGAAACAGCAUCUGUCGAGGUGCAAAUGGAUAUCGGCACAGACAAGACUGUCACGGCUGCAGAGGCAAAUCCCGAGGUUGUUGAAGAGGUCGCCCCAGCCUCUUUAUCUCAGGCGGAAGGUCCAGACGACAACUACACAACUCCAGCGUCAGUUGAAGAUGCCACUACUAGAUCAGAUGUGACGGUCCACGAAGCUGCUAAAAAGGAUACGUCCGUCAAAGCCAUCAAUGAUGCUCCGCAUGCCGAAGAGGUCAUAACCAUUGAGGCACACAAUCCUGUCAUCAUCAGACGCGAGGUUUCUGAGGCUAUCGACACUGAAUCUACGACCGAUGAUACCGCAGCUCCAGAUCUCAAACUUACCAAGGCCGUGGCUUCUGAGCAGAAGGAUUCGAGCACUGUUAACCUACUUGUCGGUGAAAGAACGAACAGCUGCCCGGAGAGUUCCAAGCCCAGCACACUCGCUGUAGAGAACACGCAAGAACAAUAUAGACUUGCCCUUGACAAAAUCGCGUCCGAAGUCGUCAGCCCGGAUAACGAUCCUUCCCGAGCUACAGAGUCAAACUCAGAGGCCGGAAAUUCUGAUGAUACAUGUGCAGAAAUAAGAAGACUUACCGCUGCAUAUGAUUCGUCUGGAGAGGACCAAACUAAGCCUAAGGGAUCCCUGUUUGGCGGUCCAGCAGGUCCACAGAUCCCGUUACAUACAGAUACUCCCAAGAUCUCAGAGGGCCGGACAUUUGUACAGACUGAGACACUCAAAGGUUUCGAGGAGCUCUUCCCAGAAGAAGUGACUUCGGGAAACAAUGUCUUCCCAGAAGACUCCGGGCUUGACAUAAAUUCGUUUCACUUUACGAACAGCAACACCGAACAAGAUGCCGAGCUUGGGGCAGAGGCAGGAGCUGAGCAGGAGGAUGUUCUCGAACAACCAACAAGUUCUGAUCAAGACCCGAAGCCUGAUGUGGAGCCAUCGCACGAUCCCACGUCACCAAACUACACCUGGAUUCCUACGUCUCCGGCUUACUCGCAUACUACUUCGAACAACUCGCAUGCGACACACAAGAGUUACGAGUCGGAAGUCCAAAGUAUACUUGGGCUCAAUCUGGAUGAUCCUUACAAUGUAGCCGCUGAUAUUCAGGAGACUCCCGAAGCUUAUGCCAGUCUUGAAAGAAAUCCUGGUCAUAUCGUCCCAGAGUUGCCUGGAGAACAGCCGCCUUGCAACUGCGAACAACCACAUUGCGGACAUCGUGUGAUCAUAGCUUUCAACCUACGCAAGGAACCAAGAAAGGAACAUUGCGUCUACAUCAACAAUCUCGUCUACGAUAACGACCCAUCGGGAACCUACACCGAUGAGCAGAAAUACUACCCAUCAGCACAGAAAGUGGCCAUUGAAGACCUCGACGAAGACGAAGAGAGCAACAAUGACGGAGAGGAAGAUCGUGUCAUGAGCGGCGGCUUGCCUACUGGUCCCACUGACCCAAACGGCAGAUUCAAAACAAUACCCUUCAACCACACCGACACUCUGAUCAGGGACAAGAUGUCAUUCGGAGAAGAGUCAUCCUCAUCAGACGAGUCACGUACCAAGAAGAACAAGAAGCGCAAGAAGACAAAGACAAAGUCCUCCAAAGCCAGCAAGAAGAGUAAGAAUAACAAUGGCACCGCCAUUAUCCGUGCAACUCAGAGCGACGAAGAAGACGUCCGAAUUGACGAACAAGCCUCCACACCCGUCCUAAAGGCAUCUACCAGAAAGCCAGCUACUAAAAAGCCCUCCUCAACCACGACACCAGAUCAAACAAUCGUCCAAAUGCUGCAGCGGCUCGCAAAACCGCACACUACAAGACUGUGCUAUCCCAUUACAUUCAACUGCCCCGCUGCUUCUAGCUCCAUCUGCAAGAGUUCCUCCUACGCAACCAAAGGUUGUUCACCCACACCUCGCAAGAUCAAAAUUUACGACUUUGGACAAGGUAGUCAGGAAAUUCCUGAUGAAAAUGAAGCUGGGAGUGCAGUGGUCUCUGCAAAGGCAAAGAAACCAGAGCAGACGCAGUUGUGUCUAAGUUGCACGACGAGGUAUAUGAAGAUUUUGAUGUGCAGCACUCACGAUAUCAGUCCCAUCAUUGCCUCUCCAUCUCAACCCGCCUCAACUUCCUCACCUCCCUCGGAUUCCUCAUCUCCAACUGAAGCCCGAUCGCCACAGAUCUCGUGCACAAUCUGCGCAGCACCAUCGACCUACACCUGCGAGACCUCCUGCGGGGCAAACUUCUGCGAUACCUGCUCUGGAAAAGUAUAUGGAGAGCACGAGGGCAAUCUAAGUGCUUUGCUGGAUACCAUGACAGAUGAAGUUACUGCAGAGUAUCCACAGGGACUCAGGGCCGAUGUGGAAGUUUUGAGGAAAGGAGGUGAGUUGUGGAAGUUUUUGAGCAGGAUGGCUAGGAAGAAGGCCUGA